GUUGACAGCACAUAAGUAUGCGUGUUCCGUCCCAUCCAUACCUACAGUGGCUGCUCUGCAGCUGUGGGAAAACCAGGCACCUUUAGAGGAGUGCGCAGUAACGGGUGCGCGCGCCUCAACCGGGACUCGUUCAGCUUUGUUCAGUAGCUCUGCGGCGGGAUCUGAGAGUCAGCGUCUCUACCAAGCCCCGGAUGCUGCUGAGCCAUUGCCCACACUCAAACAUACCUGGAUACCGGUGCAAAUCCCGAAGUAAGGACGCGAAAAGGACUGAGGCACACAGGCCAGCUCCUUCUCCCAAACCUAAGAUUUCUGGAAUGUACAAUAAUGAUGCAGUUCAAGCCACAGUGUUUGAUGGUUGUUACCAUGACGGCAAGACUGAAAUGGACCACACGUCCUUUGCUGUACACUCAGAAGGUGACUCCAGUGCCAGCUUACCUAUCAGAGCUGAACCCUCCUAAGGAAGAACGUCAGCAUUCCGGGACACCAGGGACACUGACACAGCCGAGGCCCAAGAAGAGGCUCUGCCCCUCCCAUCUGCAAUCAAGUCUCUUGUUUUAGUUCUCUAGUAAGUUUCAUAUAUUAUUAAAUCCAAGGGGGACAAAAAAAAAUCUAAACUUCUCUCAAUCUUCCCAUUUAAGUGUUAAAUUAAUAUGUCAAUCGUCAAUAGCAGCAUUUUGUAUUUUGUAUUAUUUGAGAUAUAGUUUUCAUAGCUUUCUGGAGGCAUUUAGUAAUUAGUUACUUUAUUCACCAAAUGUUUGUUGCCCUCCUACAUGUGCCAGGCACUUUAUUAGGUGUUACAUACUAAAAAAUGCUUACCAAAUGACAUUCCUGCCGUCAGUGAGCAUGCAGCCCAGCAGGAACAAUGAACUGGUGGCUCUAGGAAAUAAUAAACAUAAUGGAUGUUAAAAUCAAGGUAUGUACACUGUGCUGACUGAGUUCCAAAAAGGGAAUACCAAAAAAUAGGAAAAGAACAUCUACAAAGGGAUGUGGACUUUGAAUCUGUAAACAAUUAGAUACUUCUAGACAUGGUAUUGAGUGAAAAAUUGAAUGAAAUUUUUGUACCCUAUAGUAACUUUAAUAAUUUAGAUUGAACUAAUUAAAUCAGGCCAAGUGGGUAUUAAAUAAAUGUUUAUUAAGUAGAAAAGCCUCCAAUGGUCAGCAUUCAUUUUGUAGACUGGCAGUGUGCAUGCUUUUGUGUUGAGCAUUUUGUGAAAAAUAUCCCAUUUAGAGAUAAGCCCUGGUAGGAAGUAUGAAAUACUUCCUUCCCUAUUUUGAUUUCUGCGAUUGAAUUAAGGGAAAUAAAUGGUGUAUUACUUUCAGUGUAUUGCCAUUUGUUUCACCAUAAAGUCAACCAAAUGAUUUGAAUUACUUCAUGUCAAAUUAGGAGACAAAUAACUUCUGCUUGGUUACCAAUAACAUUGGUUUUGGUUCUCUGCUGUGAAUGACAUAGGGUUCUAGAAGCUUAUUCUUGGGUGCAAAAGAUUUAAAGGUGAAUUCUUUCUCUAGUAUAACUUCCCUCAUAGGCAGACUGAUUCUGGGAUACUUCAUUCUAUUUUCUUAAUGCAACUUUUCCUUCUUCCUAAACUUUCCAAGGACUAUAUUUUUCUAGGAAAAUUGAGCUAGCACAAUUUAUUUAAAACCCUUCUCCAUUUAAUUGUAGGUUAACCAUAAAUAAAAUUUAAAACUACUUAAUAGUUUUUAAGCUUGAUAUAAAAG